AUGAGCCAUGGCCAAAAUAGUGACAUGCCGUAUGGGCGAAGACAGGCGAAGCUUUCAGAGCGGUACAUGCGCAUGAGCGUAGAAGAUGUACUGAAAGACCUAGAUGUACCGUCGCUGGAGCAGGGCCUGGACACUGAAACGGUCCAAGCGCGUCAGCAAGAGCAUGGCAAAAAUGAGCUCGAGGCGAGUGAGCCGGACCCGCUAUGGCUUCGAUGGCUGCAGCAGUUCAAAGAGCCGAUGAAUGCACUACUUAUCGGAAGUGCUGUUGUGAGCCUGCUGGUAGGCGAAACGGAUGAUGCCAUUUGUAUCACGCUAGCACUGGCGAUUGUGAUCACGGUUGGUAUUGCCCAGGAGUACCGCUCGGAAAAGAGCCUCGAGGCCCUCAGCCACCUCGUUCCGCACAAGUGCCAGGUCGUACGUCACGGCACGACGCGCACUAUUGACGCAUCGGAGCUCGUGCCCGGCGACGUGAUCAAGCUGCGCACGGGCGACCGGAUUCCCGCUGACAUGCGCCUCGUCCACGUAUCGGAUCUGGACGUGAAUGAGAGUGCUCUGACGGGCGAGACAAGUGGCGUGCGCAAGUCGACCGACGAAAAGACGGAGGAGCCCACGAACCUCGCCUACAUGGGCACUCUGGUGCAGAAGGGCUCGGCCACGGGUGUGGUAUAUGGCACAGGCGUGCAUACCGAGUUUGGCGGUAUCUUUGGCAUGGUCGAUACGGUCGACGAGCGGCAGACGCCCCUCCAGCUGAGCAUGUCAGACCUCGCACAGCGCCUCAGCAUCCUCAGCCUGUGUCUUAUUGCCGUCCUGCUCCUGGUGGGCGUGCUCCAGCGCAAGUCGUGGAUCGAAAUGUUCACGAUGGCCGUAUCACUUGCCGUCGCUGCGAUCCCGGAAGGACUGCCGAUUGUCGUGACGGUGACGCUGGCGCUUGGUGCGCUGCAAAUGUCGCGCCGACAUGCGAUCGUCAAGCGCCUCCCGAGUGUCGAGACGCUUGGGUGCAUGUCCGUCAUCUGCUCCGACAAGACUGGCACGCUCACGACGGGCCACAUGCGUAUUGUGCAGCUGUACACGGUGCCUGACGGACUUGUGGACGCGCGUCCGCAGUCGCUCUCGCAAGCCAUGACCCGUCACCUGCAGGCCGGCUUUUUCUGUAACAACGCCACACGCAACGAACGCGGUGAGCUCAUUGGCCAAGCGACGGAAGUCGCCAUGGCCGAGGCUCCCGAGCUGAUGGGUCUCUCACUCGAUCACAAGGACUGGACACGCACGAACGAGGUGCCGUUUGACUCAGACCGCAAGUUCAUGGCCGUCACGGGCCAAGGCGAUGCAGAGCGCACGCCUGGCUCGGCACAGCUCAUGAAGGGCGCGCCAGAAGUCGUGCUCAAGCACUGCACGACGUACCUGGCCCAGCAGCGCCCCAUGCAGCUGACCGAGCAGGUGCGCCAGGAGAUCCUCCAUGUGCUCUCCGACUGCACAGAGCGCGGUCUGCGUGUCCUUGCCACGGCCAUGUCCACCAACGGCCGGCACUAUACGUUCUGUGGCUUGCAGGCCAUGCACGAUCCGCCACGCGAGCAAGUGCAUGAUGCGAUCCGCACGCUGCAACGUGCGCAGGUGAAUAUCGUGAUGAUCACGGGCGAUGCCGAGACGACCGCGCGUGCGAUUGCGCAGCAGCUCGGCAUUGCGUCGUCGCCCACGGUCAUGACGGGUCCUACAAUCGAGUCGCUCAGCGAUCGCCAGCUCCAGGAUCGUGUGCGACAUGUGUCGGUGUUUGCGCGGACCAAGCCCGAGCACAAGCUGCGUAUCGUCUCGGCCCUGCAGGCGAAUCAAGAGGUGGUCGGUAUGACCGGCGACGGCGUGAACGAUGCGCCUGCGCUCAAGCUCGCCGAGGUCGGCAUUGCGAUGGGCUCAGGCACGGAUGUGACGAAGGAGGCUGCCGAUGUGAUUUUGGUCGACGACAACUUUGCGACGAUCAUGGGCGCCGUGCGCGAGGGCAAGAGCAUCUUUUACAACAUCCAAAACUUUGUCACGUUCCAGCUCAGCACGAGCAUCGCGGCUCUCGUCCUCAUCUCGCUCAGCACGCUCCUGAAGCUGCACUUCCCCCUGAACGCCAUGCAGAUCCUCUUCAUCAACAUCCUCAUGGACGGCCCACCCAGCCAGAGCCUCGGUGUCGAUCCGGCGCACGAAUGCGUCAUGCAGCGCCCGCCGCGUGCGAGAGACUCGCCCGUGCUCACGAAGCGCCUCUUUGGGCGCGUCGCGUUCACAGCCAGUGUCAUGGUGACGCUCACGUACGUCGUGUUCCUCUCGGGCUACGUCUCUACGAUGGAGAGCCGGCACGAGUCGACCAUGACAUUCACGUGCUUUGUGAUGCUGGCCCUCGUCUCGGCCAUCCAAAACCGCGGGCUGUACACGGGCCUUUGGGAGAACCCGAUGCUGCUGUGGACGACGGGCGGCAGCUUGGCGAUGCAGCUGCUCAUUGUGUACUUUGGCCCGCUCCAGCGCAUCUUUUUGACCGACGCGCUCUCGGUGAACCAUCUCUUGUACCUCCUCGGCAUGUCCAUCACUGGGUUCGGCAUCCAAGAGUGCCGUCGCAUAUACGAACGAUACCUCGAUGACCACGCAUCGGACACGAUGGCCUGA